CUUCACCAUUUUGAUCUGUUUCUUACGUCAGCAUAUAAUGUUGCGCUCAAAUGCGUUUCUAUUCCUCGUUCAGGAGGGCUUCAAGGGAAAUUAUCUGCUCCUGUCCUGCCAGUUUCUCAAACUAGAUUUUCUAUUAAUGCAUACACGACAGUAUAGACAUUAAAUCUGGUUAGGUUCGUUGUGUAAAAACCAGCAACAACCGAUUAAACUUUAUGAGGGAGUGUUUAAUCAGAUAUACGUUGAUUCGACUAAGACAAUCCAAAUUUCCGCUAGUACUUGAAUACAUCGCAGGUCCUAAUUUCCCGCCAGUGACAGAUUCUGGCCGUCAGAGGAAACGAUAGGCGAUAGUUUUAUUUUAGGACAGGGUUUGUUUUAUAUAAAAUAUAUUAUCCCUUACUGAAUUAUUUAUUUUUUUGCUAACAUAUUCAGAACCAACUAAUUCCAACCGCUUUAGUUUAUUUUUUAGUCGGUAUUUUGUGAAUCAAUUUAGAGACGGUGAGCUAGCUCAACUAGCUGCUCGGCUUUUUGGCUAAAAUCUCCUUUAAGUGAUAAAACUGAAAACUUUAUAUUUCAUUUCUAAGCUUCACUCUGAAAUGAAAAUGAAAGUUGCUGAGGAUCAAGUUGUUGAGGAUGAUACAGGUUUCCAGGAUGACGAGGUAAGAUCAAUAGCUAAUACAGUUUAGCCUUUUCCUAAAAAAGUAGGUAUUAAUAAAUAAUAUGACUGAAUAAUUUAGAAGUGAUUUCCAUCUGUUUCUGUGGUUUAAUAUGAUGAUUUCUUCUAAAUCAAACAGGAGUCGUUUUUUCAAGACAUUGACCUCCUACAGAAACAUGGGAUUAACAUGGCGGACAUUAAGAAGCUGAAGUCGGUGGGAAUCUGCACCGUUAAAGGGAUCCAGAUGACGACACGCAAAGCUCUGUGCAACAUCAAGGGCCUGUCGGAGGCCAAGGUGGAGAAAAUCAAGGAGGCGGCAGGAAAGAUGCUGAACGUUGGAUUCCAGACGGCCUUCGAGUACAGCGCCAGGAGGAAGCAGGUUUUCCAUGUGACGACGGGCAGCCAGGAGUUCGAUAAGCUGCUGGGAGGAGGGAUCGAGAGCAUGGCCAUCACUGAGGCCUUCGGAGAGUUUCGGACGGGAAAAACGCAGCUUUCUCACACACUCUGUGUCACGGCCCAGCUGCCAGGAGAAGACGGAUACUCCGGUGGAAAAGUCAUCUUCAUCGAUACGGAGAACACCUUCCGCCCAGACCGGCUGCGAGACAUCGCGGACCGGUUCAACGUGGAUCAUGACGCCGUGCUGGACAACGUGCUUUACGCCCGCGCCUACACCAGCGAACACCAGAUGGAGCUGCUGGACUUUGUAGCAGCAAAGUUUCAUGAAGAAGGCGGCGUGUUCAAGCUGCUGAUCAUCGACUCCAUCAUGGCUCUGUUCAGGGUGGACUUCUCCGGCCGCGGGGAGCUGGCCGAGCGGCAGCAGAAGCUGGCCCAGAUGCUCUCCAGGCUGCAGAAGAUCUCAGAAGAGUACAACGUCGGCGUGUUCGUUACCAACCAGAUGACGGCGGAUCCCGGAGCAGGAAUGACAUUUCAAGCCGACCCCAAGAAGCCAAUCGGCGGCCACAUCUUGGCCCACGCCUCCACCACGCGCAUCAGCCUGAGGAAGGGCCGCGGCGAGAUGAGGAUCGCCAAGAUAUUCGACAGCCCUGAUAUGCCUGAGAAUGAAGCCACGUUCGCCAUCUCUGGAGGAGGAGUUACUGACGCCAAAGAGUGAAGCAUCUGAUUAAUAUUUAUUAUCUUUAUUUAUUAUUUUAACCUCUAUUUAUUGGAUUCACAUCCAUUUAUUCAUUAAAAGUUGUUCAGUCGAUGUUGUACUGCAGUAAUUAAUUUUACUAACUGUUAUAUGUAUGCACUCAGUUGUGAUGUUUCACUUCACUGAAAGUUCAAUUAAAUAAUAAAAUGAGUUCAAUCUGGGA